AUGGCGUCUUUACUCUUCGCCACUCUGGAAGAGUUCAACGCAUGGCUCAAGACUCAAAAACCACCAAAGCGCUAUAAUGCCGCCAUCGAGGAUAUGCCUGAUACACCUUGGUCAAGAUUGCCUCGAGCCAUUAUCGAUACCAGGCUGAAAGAGUUUGGGCAAAGGAUCAUCGUAUGUCUGGGCAAGUUCCCUUACGACGACAAAGAACUCGACCACGUAGAGAAAGCCGCGCAAUCGGUUUCUCAGGUCAAGAGAAGCCCUGCUAUGCAAGUGGCAUUCAUUGGUUCUCAAGCUGCAGGGAAGAGCACGCUAUUAUGCGCUUUCUUCAGUCUCGAAGGCGCUUCUCCCACUGGUGCCUCCGGCAAGGCUUGUACAAGCACAGCUAUCAGGUACAAGAACUAUGCAGAAGGCAAAGAUGGCCCAACGAAGUUUCAUGGUCAGACUAGGUUCCUCAAGACGAAGAAGCUCGAAGCUAUGUUCAAGGAGCUAUGCCGCCACUACUACUACUUCCACCACGCCGAAGAAGACUCCGAAGAUGAGGAUGAUCCUGAAUCCGAAGAAGCUCCCGACCAGUCAAAGCUCGAAGCACUCAAGGACACGGCGGAAGACAUCCUAGUGGCCCUAUGGGGAUCAAAGCAAAGUUUCCUGGAAAGCUGGAGCCCAUCUGUGUUCAAGAGUGGAGCGUUCGUACGGCUUUGCCAGCUAAAGUUCAAGGAAGCCAUCGAGUUCGCGAAUGUCGACAGUGAUAGUAUUGCAUACAUGAUGGGGAGUGAUCAACAUCAGCUCCUGAGUCAGAUGAUUCGCUUCAUGUCACAAGUCGAGGGGGAAAAAUGUCUAUGGCCUUUGGUCGACCAUGUCAUGAUCAGCUUUUACAAUCAAUGGCUCGAACAGGGGCUGGAGUUGAUUGAUCUACCCGGUUGUGGUGAUUCCAAUCGUCAGAGAGCCCGACAUGCUGAUGAGAUCCGCGACAGCGUGCAAGUCGAAGUCGUUGUAUGCAACACGGCGCGUAUUGAAUCUGACGAGAUGUUUAUCCAGCAAGCACGCACUGCGAUCAAUCUGCAUGGCGCAGCGAAUAGUAUCUCUGACAAUCAACAAGGUCAGGACGACCGUGAGCCAUAUCGCACAAUCAAUCGUCUAGUUCGAGAAACCCAGGAAAUGCUAGCGUCAAUAGACGAUGACGAAGAUGAAGAAGAGAACUUUGCACAAGUCAUGAAACGCAAUCAGCUCGAAAAGCGUUUGAGCCAUCUGAAACGUUGUGAUAAGCAACACAGGGUAGCAGAACGUGCACAGAGGCUAUCGAGAACUAUUGGAGAAAAACUGCAGGGACGAUCGGCAAGCACACUUCCCCCGCUCAUCCACACCUCGGCAGCGCAAUACAUGGAAUGGUUGGAGAAACCAAAAUUCACGUUCAAGGACCAGCCUGAUUUCUCGGUCGAAGAGACGGGUAUACCCCAACUCCGCAGAGAGCUCCUUGCUCUCACAGCACCUCAGAACAUGCAAGAUUACGAGAACCAUGUCUUCAUCACAGCGCCAGCCGUGAUUGAGAAGAUCAUACGAACAGUCAGGGAAGACAUUCAUGAGGGUGGGUUCGUCACGAUCGCCGACGCGUUCGAGGUAGUGGGACAGAAGUUUAUGGUACCUUGGAAAACUGGAGUGGUGGAGGUCUUCCGCGACUCAUCAGACAAGAGCAUGAAAAAGCUAAGAGCAGACAUACCCGCUCUCCAGAAUCGCAUCAACAUGAAGGUGGAGGAGUGGUGCAAGUUGAAAUUUGCCGCCUUCAACAGAGCCAUGAAAGGAAAAGGUGUCCUUCCAGACGGGAAGUCGUACGCCAAAAGCCCUCAGACUGGUCGCAACUUGGACAAAGAGCUUUCAGAUAUCCUGACUCCAGGUAUCUCCAAGUGGGCAAAUACUCAUGCUUCAUUCAUGGCACAUAUGGAAGAAGCAUUCUGCAAAGCUAUCGACCAACUCCAUCGGCGCGUAAUCAACGAACUCGACGAUGCUGGUGGCAACAUGGUCACAGUGGAAAAGGCUAAGACUAAGUGGCAUAACGACAAGAACAGCUAUCCGGAAAAGAUCAAAACCGAUAUGAUGGUGCUGGUGACUGAUGUUCAGCGACUGACGAAGCGCGCUUCAGACUGGGCUAUCAUGAAAGAUGGCAGAGAGAACAACCUCGUUGGCUCUAUCACCAACGAAUGGUAUGACGACAUCCAUGACGCUGCGCCAAAAUUGAAGCCGCCAGUUCCGGGAAGGAAGCAGAAGAAGGUUUACGAGAAGCCAGGACGAUUUCAGUUCCAGAAGAACCGUAUGAAGUCACACUUCUCUGGUUCGAAAGUCCAAUUCGUUGAGCACGCCUUCCAAAAGCUUCAGGCAAAAUUCGAUAGAGACACCGAAGCUCUGGUCGACAAACACUUUGAGAUCAUCAACGACAUACUAUCAGAAUUUGCUGAACACCUUCGAGGUCGGAAGAUGCUCGACUAUCAGAUCAGCGAGCACGGAAGAGCUAUCCGUGCCGAUCUGAAAGAGCUACUCCCACACCUCCAGGACGAACUUCAUCAGAUACAGAGCCUCUUCCCACAGCGCGUGAAGGAGGAAGACGGCGCUUCGCCAUCCAAGUUCGCCAACUACGCCGACUUGAAUGUGGAUGACGCGACCUUCCCCGAGAUCUACGAUAGGGUGAUGAAAUCGAAGAAGCCCGCUCAAGUUCCGAAGCGCAGCACAAAACGAGACGAUGAUUCCAAGACGAAGCGCAUGAGAAUCGAGCAGUCUUGA